AUGGAAUUUCCAGUUGGUGACUUUGUGCAUAUCAAAUUCAGUCCGAUGAAAGGAGUUAGCAGAUUUGGAAGAGUGAGUAAGCUCAGUCCAAGGUAUGUUGGACCGUUUGAAAUCCUUGAAAGGAUUGGUAAGUCUGCUUACAGACUGUUACUAUCUGAUCAGAUGUCUGAUGUGCACAAUGUUUUUCACGUAUCUACUUUGAAAAAGUGGAUAUCUGAUUCUGGAAAGAAAUUAUCUGUUGAUGAAGUAGAGAUUCAGGAGAAUCUGAGGUAUGAAGAAGAACCUGAGUUGAUUUUGGCCUAUGAUGUACGUAAGUUAAGAAGUAAACAAAUUCCUAUGGUUAAAGUUCAGUGGAAGCACCGAACAGCACGAGGAGCGACGUGGGAGAAGGAGUCGGACAUGAGGUUCAGAUCAGUGAUAGUACCUGAACGUAGUAGUAAUCUCUUCUCUUUGUGCACCAAGUCCGCAGCACAAAGCACAGGACAGAAGGAUCAAAAUCUCAAGACUCAGGCCAAGACCGCAGAAUGA